GACCAUGUCACAAGGGGUAGAUGUGUCUGGCCUGUUCAGUGAGAUGGUGAAAGCCUGUGCCACAGUAGAUGUAGUCCAGAAGAAAUUGGUUUAUGUCUUCCUGUGUUCCUACGCCACUUUAAACCCGGAGUUGUCCCUGCUGGUCAUCAACACUCUGAGGAAGGACUGCCAGGAUCCAAACCCAAUGGUCCGCAGUCUAGCCCUCAGGAACAUGACCAACCUCAGGUUACCCAGCCUGGUGGAGUAUGUGGAGCAGCCUCUAACAGCAGGACUGAGAGACAGAGCAGCCUGCGUACGACGUGUGGCUGUACUCGGCUGGGCCAAAUUGCACAACCUCCAACCUAGCUCUGAGAUCGAUGCAGCAGUGGUGAAUGAACUUUACAGCCUCCUGAGGGACCCGGACCCCGUGGUGAUGGUGAAUUGCCUCCGAGCUUUGGAGGAGAUCCUGAAGGAGGAGGGUGGUAUCGCUAUUAACAAACCCAUUACCCACCACCUGCUCAACAGGCUUAAGGAGUGUGACAUUUGGGGUCAGUCUGAGGUGCUGAGAGUUCUUCAGCGCUACAGGCCCCAGUCAGAGGACGAGCUCUUUGACAUCCUGUCCCUGCUGGACUCGUUCCUUGUAAGCCCCCACCCCCCUGUUAUGGCUGCCACCCUUAGCCUCUUCCUGAGCGUCUCAUCCAACCUGCCCGCCAUCAGUCUGGCGGCCCUGGAACGAGUCAGUGGACCCCUGCUUGCAGCCUGUGGGAGUGGUUCCAGAGAGAUGAGGUUUGCUGCCGUCUGCCACAUACAGUUGUUGCUGCGCUCUGUCCCUGGCCUGCUGGGGCCGCACUACAAGCGUUUCUUCUGUGGCUAUGCUGAGCCUGCCUACAUCAAAGAAAGGAAGAUGCAGGUGCUGGUAGAGCUGGUGAAUGACGAGAACGUAGCAAUGAUACUGGAUGAGCUGAAAGGAUACUGCACUGAUGUCAACACUGACACUGCCCAGGCUGCAAUCUCAGCAAUAGGUCGUAUUGGACGCAGCUACAGCGACAGAUGUCUACAAAUCCUCACUGGGCUGCUUGGACUCAAACAGGAUCAUAUCACUUCUGCGGUGGUGCAGACAAUGCGUGACCUGGUCUGGGUGUGUCCCCAGUGUAGCGACACUGUGUGCCUUGCACUGGAUGGCUGCGAGGAAACACUGCAGGAUAUCCAGGGCAGGCAGGCUUUGCUCUGGUUGCUGGGUGUGUAUGGGGAGCGAAUUUCCACUGCCCCCUACACUUUGGAAGUGCUCAUCGAUGGAGUGAGAAGCGAGGCUUCUCUGGGAAUCAAGAUGGAGCUGCUGACAGCCACCAUGAGACUUUUCCUGUGUCGGCCUGCUGAGACACAAGACAUGCUGGGAAGACUGCUGCACUACUGCAUAGAGGAGGAGACAGACAUGUGCGUGCGUGAUCAGGCUCUUCUCUACUAUCGCCUGCUUCAUUGUGGGAUAGAAAAGACACGCGAGGUCCUUCAAGGUCGGAGGUCAGAUCCCUCUCUGGGUGUUCUGAUUGGGCGUCCCGCCAAGCCUGUCAGCCAGUGGGCACGCUGCUUUAACACGUUGGAGCCUCUGAGCCAGGGUGCUGUAGAGGCCGAGUCAGACAGCAGGGGAAGCCCCGAACACGUGACCUAUAACCCCAAGCCAAAUGCCGACCUAUCAGACACACUGAGCUGUAGUCACAUUGAGGAGGUUCAUUCAGGAUCAGACAGUGCCAUGCGGUGUUCAGACUCCUCCACUAAUGUCCUGGCUUCCAGCAUCGCAGCCCCUCUCAGUUUGUCCCUCUCCCCAGCUGUCAGCCCAGAGGACUUUGAGCACCUGUGGCUGCAGCGACAGGCUUUGCAUACUGAACGCGGUGCUGAGAAAAUAGAGGAGGUUGACUGUGCGUGGAUAGAAGAAUGUGUCCGGUGUCCAGCAGUACUUCAGUGUUCUCCCCAAAGCCUCCAAGCUGCCAUGCAGCUGGUCAAUAUCCAGACGCUGGCGUUCACGCCACAGCAUAUGCUGCCCUGGAGGGUCUACCUGUACACACACACCCAGCGCUCCCACUCCAUGGACGCACCCAACACUACGCUCAUACUGGGGGAGCUGCUAUGUACUGGAGAAGCCAAUCAGAAAUCAGGAGUAAAAAAAGGCACAGCUGACAGUGAAGCUGGAGCAGAGGGGAAAGAAGACCAACUGGUGAGAAAGGAAAUGGAUGCAACAGCUGACAGGCUGAGGGUGAGCGAAGAUGGACAGGAAGAGGAGGAGGGAAUAAAAGUGAUUCUCAAUCAGCAACCAAAAGAUGAUGACGCUCUGAGACAGUUUCUCACAAUCCUUAUCACUGUACUGAACACACUGUCCUCAGAGAAAGAUUAAAAAUAGACUUUUCCCCUUUGAUCUACAUCUUUCCAAAUUCAUUCAUUUGUCACACUGCCUGGGCCUAACAGCAUGUUGAAGGAGUAAACACAUUCAAAACUGGUCCAACUUUAUGAAGCAUUGUUAUUCUAAUAAAACAGGAAAGUACAAGCAACUGACAGUUACUACCCCCUUUUAAGAGAAAACUACCAAAAAGUUGUAAGGUAAACUCAGGGGAUUUUUUUUUUUUAA